AUGAAGUUUUGGAACGUGUUCCAAAUAACGUUGGAAGAACAAAGAUUUGGUUGCGGUGUCAUAGGUGUAGGCACAGGGGAACUGGAUGCUAGGAUGGAUUUGCAUAGUACUGUGAUCACCUGCGGCUAUGGGCUGAUAAUGAUCAGCACAGCUGCGAAUAUUCUAUUCGUGGGCAAUCUCUUCAAUGAGCUCAGUACGCUCGAAGUUGACGUCAGAACAGAUCUCGCAGAAUUUAAGAUGUUGGCGGAUGAUGCGUGGACCACAAUGGUGGCCACUACUGGAAAGCAACCGCUCAGGUCAAAGCGAGAUGCCUAUGGAACACAACCCUUCACUUCAUCUUCCAGUGUUGGUUGCAAUCCAGCGCCGGGACGUCCAGGCCCUCCUGGACAGCCAGGAGUCCCAGGAUUUGAUGGCCAACCUGGUAUACCGGGUGUCCCAGGUCAAAGUGGAUAUUCUGGAGCGUCGUCAGCUUCCUCACAGGGAUGCAUCCAGUGUCCAGCAGGUCCAAUGGGACCUCCAGGAGCACCAGGGCCUGCGGGCUCAGCAGGAAGACCAGGAAAUCCCGGUGCACCGGGUGCAGGAGGAGGAGCUGGGGCACCAGGACCUGCAGGACCGGCAGGUCCUGCUGGUAGGCCGGGUAACCCGGGAAGUGCUGGAUCGCCGGGGCAACCUGGAUCUCAGGGAACAAGAAGCAGAGGGCUUCCAGGGCCAUCAGGAGGUGUUGGACCAAUGGGGGCUCCGGGAGCCCCCGGAAUCCCCGGAUCACCAGGAUUUGGUUCACCUGGUGCAUCUGGAGCACCGGGUCCAUCCGGAAGACCUGGCUUGCCUGGAACAGAUGGCGUGCCUGGAGGACCAGGAAACAAUGGAGUACCAGGUCAUGAUUCCGGUUAUUGUCCUUGUCCAAGGAGGUCUCUGGAUAAGCUACGGGCGAAGCUGUUGAAAGCCUGA